GGUGGGGAGGAGUGAGUGCCUGCAGAGGAUGGGGAGGUGUCCUGCUCCAAACUUAUAAGCUGACACACAACACACCACACACUCAGAGUCACUUCUCAGCCUGCAGCAUCCCAGCUCUCCCCUGACCUAGAGGCUCGGCAACAUGGGGCGCCAGAAGGAGCUUAUCAACAGCAUCAACUCCAUGCUGCGCAUCAGGAACAAGCUGCUCAGGCAGGCGCUGUCCGAAUGUCUGGGCACCCUCAUACUUGUCAUGUUCGGCUGUGGCUCGGUGGCUCAGGUGGUGCUCAGUAAAGGCUCCCACGGUCAGUUCUUGACCAUUAAUCUGGCUUUUGGAUUUGCCGUCAUGCUGGGUAUCCUUAUCUCUGGACAGAUUUCGGGUGGCCAUCUGAAUCCAGCUGUAACUUUUGCCUUGUGUCUUAUGGCAAGAGAACCAUGGAUCAAGUUACCAGUGUACACCAUUGCACAGACUGUAGGAGCGUUCCUUGGAGCCGGCAUCGUUUAUGGCCUGUACUAUGACGCCAUCUGGUAUUUUGCAAAUGACAGUCUCUAUGUAACUGGUCCAAACGGCACAGCUGGUAUUUUUGCCACUUACCCAACCGAACAUCUCACCCUGAUGAAUGGCUUCUUUGACCAGUUUAUUGGCACUGCAGCCCUGAUCGUCUGUGUCUUGGCCAUUGUCGACCCCUACAACAAUCCCAUCCCUCGUGGACUUGAGGCCUUCACUGUUGGGUUUGUUGUCCUUGUCAUUGGAUUGUCAAUGGGUUUCAACUCUGGUUAUGCCGUCAACCCCGCUAGGGACUUUGGACCACGUCUCUUCACUGCCUUGGCUGGCUGGGGCACAGGAGUUUUCACUACUGGAGACCACUGGUGGUGGGUCCCCAUUGUCUCACCGUUGCUGGGCGCUGUUGCCGGAGUUAUGGUCUACCAACUGAUGAUCGGAUGCCACGACGAACCUAUGCCAGAGUCUACUGAACAAGAAAAUGUCAAGUUGGCCAAUGUCAAACACAAAGAGAGGAUCUGAAGAAGCAGCCUCUAGAGGACUUAAAACUCAUAACAUGGCUGCAACUAGCCAAGAACAAGAUGGCGGAUGACCUCCCUGUGUCUUAAACAUUAGAUAUUUCUUGUAUAUUAUUAGUAGUUUGUGCAGAAAUGUCCUUCCCCAUUGAGCAGCUACGUCUUCCCUUAUCAUGCUCGAUAGAUAAAGCGUCUAUGGACUGUGAGAUUGAGCUGUAUAAAAGCGCCAUAUUUAAUCCCAGCAAACAAUACUUUGUCAAUUUACAAGGGCAGCUCUAUCAUAGAAGUAACCCCUUUGGAAAGGAGGAAAGUCAAGCUUGUGUUGUACCCUCAACCGCCUCUCAUUCCACGCUUCUCAGAUAGGGGGAAAUGGAACCUCCAAUGGUCAGGUUGACCAUCUCUUCCACAA